AUGGAGGAGCUACUCCUGCCCACUGAAGGCGAGGAGACGCGCUCCAACAAUAGCUCGUAUUCUCCAAGAGGAGAAACCAUGUACCAACGUGUCAAUAGAUUUCUCCAUGGGGCUUUUGUUGAUGACGUGAAACAGUGGUUAAGGGGCUACCUGAAGCGCAACGGCCUGCUGACGCUCUCGGUUUUUGCCGUGUUGACGGGCUGUGUCCUGGGGGCUGUGUUAAGAGGGAGCCAUCUCUCUACCCAGGCUAAGAUAUAUUUCUCGUUCCCUGGAGAGCUUCUCAUGAGAAUGCUCAAAAUGCUUAUCCUCCCCCUCAUCACAUCCAGUUUAAUGUCAGGCUUGUCGUCCAUGGAGCCCAAAGCCUGUUGUCGUGUGGGUGUUCUCACUGUGACCUACUACCUGUGGACCACCUUCAUUGCGGUGGUGGUGGGUAUCCUGCUGGUGAUCAUCAUCAAGCCUGGGGUGGGCACUGAGAUGGACAGCAUCAGGCUAGGAGGAGGGCCCGUCAUGACUUCUGCUGAUGCCUUGCUAGAUCUCAUCAGGAAUAUGGUUCCUUCCAAUCUUAUUGAGGCAACAUUUCAGCAGUACAAAACAGAUCUGGUUCCUAUCCUGAAAGUCUCCAGGGUCAUAGUGCAGCCCAACUUUGUGUACGACAUACCUGAUGAAAGUGACCCCAGUGGUCGGACAGUGUUCCUGGAGCUCACUCCACCCCCUGAGAUCCACUACAAGACCAGACCUGGCAACAGCCAACAGAUGAAUGUGCUGGGGAUCGUCAUCUUCUCUGCCACUAUGGGGCUGUUGCUGGGGAAAAUGGGCGAGAGAGGAGCACCACUAGUCAACGUGUGUCAGUGCGUCAACGAAUGUGUCAUGAAAAUCACCAACACUGCUGUUUGGUAUUUUCCAUUUGGGAUCAUAUUCCUCGUAGCUGGAAAAAUCCUUGACAUGCAGGACCCAUCUAAUCUUGGGAAGAAGCUGGGCUGGUACACCAUCACUGUUCUGACCGGGCUGUUUGUUCACGGCCUCAUCCUCCUCCCCUUCUUCUACCUUGUCCUGACUCAGAAAAACCCCUUCACUUACAUCAGAGGCCUGCUACAAGCCUUGGUCAUAGCACUGGCCACCUCCUCAAGUUCUGCCACUCUACCCAUCACUAUGAAGUGCUUGCUGGAGAACUGCAAUGUGGAUCGGCAGAUAGCACGCUUUGUGCUGCCUGUGGGGGCCACCAUUAACAUGGACGGAACGGCUCUUUAUGAGGCCGUGGCGGCCAUCUUUAUCGCCCAGGUCAACGAUUAUGAGCUGGACUUUGGCCAGCUGGUCACCAUUAGUAUAACAGCUACAGCUGCCAGCAUAGGUGCUGCUGGGAUUCCCCAGGCCGGCCUCGUUACCAUGGUCAUUGUCCUGACGUCAGUGGGUCUGCCGCCUGAUGACAUCACCCUCAUUGUGGCCAUCGACUGGGUGCUGGACCGAUUCCGAACCAUGAUCAAUGUGCUUGGAGACGCCCUGGCAGCAGGAAUCAUCGGCCACUUAUGUCGGAAAGACUUUCCUCGCGGUGGUACUGGCAAGUCCCAGCCUUCAUACGGCACACAGAACAAACACAACUUGCACGACAUGCAGAAUGGCAUGCCACUGACCGAGUUGCCUUUGCACAAGCAAGACUGCUGUUAUGAGGUGAUGGAAGACACAGUCAACGAGAGCCCCACUAUAUACUACAACAUCUGUCAAGUUUAACUCCUGGGAACAUGCCAACCUCAAA